CGCUGUCAAAAGUCGCCGAGUCGUCUCUAAGCCCGGUCUGUCAUCUGACGUUCGAAAAUUGCUCGAACCCAGUGGGAUCGGCCCUCAGAACUCAAUCAGGGGCUUGUCGAGCGAAAACUUUUACGCGCCACUCGCAUGGCGCUCGGGAAUCCCGCGAGUGAUUUUAGUGAAAGGUGGCAAGUCGUACCCAGAACGUGAUCGCGCCCCCAGGGCAAAAUUAUAUGCCCCACCGACAACUCCUCGGUCAGAGCCGGUUCCUCCCGAUUAUCGAUCAAAUAAACCGAUCAGAUGGGAAUCAGUGACGGGAAGUGAGUCACCAUUCGGGAAUAGAGACACCCUCAAGAGAGAACAGGAAUCAGGGAAUCAUUGUAUGCAUUUGCCUGAAGAAACCGCCGACCACCCUGGCACCUAGCAGACGCCGAUUCGUGCAAGGGGUGCUUUCCAGUAUUUAGACUCGUGAGAGGAUUUCGGUGGUGGGAGGGAAGCAAGGGUGGCGGCGCUUUGGAAGUGUCGCGCGGUGGUACGCGUGGAGGUAGCAAAAAGUCGGUGUCGAGCGUGCGUGCGGGCGCGCUCGCGCGCUCGAGUGUGACUACGUAGGUCGAGUGCGCGGAGGUGGUGGUGUGCGCGCUGCCCGCCGCGCCGGUAGCAGCGUGCUGGUGCUGGUGUUCGUGGUCGUGUUUUGUGGAUCUUCAGGGAUCCUUUAAUAAAAAUCGGGGGUGGCGUUUGUGAAAGCAACCUGUAGCAAGAUGGGCUGUGCCAUGUCUGCGGAAGAGCGGGCCGCUCUGGCCCGCAGUAAACAGAUUGAAAAGAACCUCAAGGAGGAUGGCAUCCAAGCUGCCAAGGACAUCAAACUCCUACUGCUUGGAGCCGGAGAGUCCGGGAAGAGUACAAUCGUGAAACAAAUGAAAAUUAUUCACGAAAGUGGUUUCACGCCAGAAGAUUUUAAACAGUACAGGCCAGUCGUUUAUAGCAACACGAUACAAUCCCUAGUAGCAAUUCUUAGAGCAAUGCCCAAUUUGGGAAUCGGUUUCUCGACCAAUGAAAGAGAGACGGACGCAAAAAUGGUGUUCGAUGUUAUUCAGCGAAUGGAGGACACAGAACCUUUUAGCGAAGAAUUGUUGGCAGCUAUGAAGAGGCUUUGGGCGGACAAUGGUGUACAGGAAUGCUUUGGAAGGAGCAACGAGUAUCAAUUGAACGAUUCCGCAAAAUACUUCCUCGACGAUUUGGAUCGAUUAGGUGCGAGGGAGUACCAACCCACGGAACAAGAUAUACUUAGAACUCGUGUGAAAACGACCGGAAUUGUCGAAGUUCACUUUUCCUUCAAAAACCUUAACUUUAAAUUGUUUGACGUUGGUGGUCAGAGGAGUGAACGUAAAAAGUGGAUACAUUGCUUCGAGGACGUGACAGCGAUUAUUUUCUGUGUUGCGAUGUCCGAAUACGACCAGGUUCUGCACGAGGACGAAACCACGAAUCGAAUGCAAGAAAGUCUGAAGCUGUUCGACUCCAUCUGCAACAACAAAUGGUUCACGGAUACGUCGAUCAUCCUCUUCCUGAACAAAAAGGAUCUCUUCGAAGAGAAAAUUCGCAAAUCUCCUCUCACUAUUUGCUUCCCCGAAUACGCUGGCGCACAAGAGUACGGUGAGGCGGCCGCUUACAUCCAGGCGCAAUUCGAGGCAAAGAACAAGUCGACUACAAAGGAGAUUUACUGCCACAUGACCUGCGCCACCGACACAAAUAACAUUCAAUUCGUGUUCGACGCAGUCACAGACGUGAUUAUCGCGAACAAUUUGCGUGGCUGCGGUCUCUAUUAGGUUAAUUCUACACACUAUAUCAAGCGCGAACAAAAAGAAGACAAAGAAGAAGUCAAAGAAGAUAAAGAAGACGAGGAAGAUAAAGAAGAUGCUGCCGGGCACGGACGAAGUUUCAAAGUUUCUCCGGGUCGGAAGCCUCUUUUAGUUCGACUCUGAUUUAGGAUACAUCACAUUUCACCGCUCGAGGAUGUCAAGAAUGUACCAGCAACGGAAUCAUGCCGGAGGACAGGAGCCUCUGACACGAGGUGAUACUUCUAAACGCUUAAAAAAAACUCAUCACAAAUCUAAGAUCCUUUGAAACUCGGAAUGAUAAUCAGAAUACUGCCUUUGCAUCACAAGAUCACAAUAAAUUCUUCGAAAAGAAGAGAUCAUAAUGAAGCGAAAGAAGAAGCUAAAGGGAGAUGGAUCAGUAAUUCAGUAUGAAAGAUGAAGAAAAAUAAGUGUUCCCCUCACGAACGUUAGGCCGAGCUCAUUCUAUUGCACGCCUUUACGGUGGACCGACAUUUGCAUUUUUUUAAAAGACAGUUCGCAGACCAACCUUCGUGAGAGGCUUAGAAAAUAUUCGGUCCAUUCCGAGACAAAGAGUGGGAAUUUCGAUAGGGUUCGCCAUCGGCAGCGCAAAGUCGAAACUCUGCAAUUUCAUGACGUACCUAAUGGAUACGCACUUUUACUUAUACGAGCACAAAAGAAAAAUGGCACAAUUUUAAGCAGUAUGAACAAUUAAAAAGUUGUGGCGCGGGGAAAGGGAUUUUCAUUUUUUUCGGUGACUUCUAUCUUCAAUUCAAACUUUCGAAUUUGAAGUUCUCGACAUUUGCUCCUCUGCAAAGUCGAUCUCCAAAUAUAAAAGUUUUUCCCAUUUCCACGAAAUUUUCGUUAUUCACGCACACAAGACAAAAGUAAACGCACCCACACGCAGACUCACAAGCGAUUUCCGAUCGUCGGACAUUCCCCUGAGAUCCUAUUUUUCUAUCUUAUUUUUCUCAUUUAAGAAUGUCUCGUAAAUACCGUCGCAUUCGAAGCAUAAAAGAGGGAAGAAGACUUGGUGACAGGUACGAAAAACGAGACUUGAGUGAAUGAGUGUAUGAAUGAGGGAGGAAAAAAAGAGAUAGGAGAAUGUAAAGCUCAUAUGGGACCUCACAAUAGUCGUGUAUAAUGUAACACUCGAAAAGAUAACAUAAAUUAUGGGGUUUAUCGAUUUUUAUUUCAUUAGCCGUCGACUUCAUCAAUACCUCUAUGUUAAAAGAACCUCCUUGAAUUUCUUUGAGUUCUUUGAAUUCUUUGUAGACUCUCAAAUUCUUUUAAAUUCCUUGAAAUAUUCUGCGUGUCCUGAAUUCCUUCAAUUAUUUUUAAGUUCCAGGACUUGAAAAUAACGUAAAAAAUAUUUUGAACGUUGAAGAAGAAUUUAAAUUUUAAUUGAUUCUGAAUUUAAUUUCUUAAUUUUUAACUUCAGAGUAGUCAGAAAAUUCGGGGAUUUCCGGUAAUUUGACCAGUGUAGAGAAUUAAUAUCAUUCAUGGAAUUCGGAGAAUACAAAGGAAUUCCAGUGAAUUAAAAAUAAUUCUUCUAUUAACAUGGAGGUAUCGUUACUUUUGAUUUUGGAAAAUCAAUGCCAAACUUUCGAAAUUAAACUGAUUCGCGAGCCUUCAGUAACCAAGAAAUAAAAAUCCCGAAUGGCAGGAUUAAUUACAAAAAAAGGGUGUCAAAUGCCGCGAGUUGUUUAGCGGACAAAAUAAGUAAAUAUUUAUAUAUAAAGCGUUACAAAAAUGCAAAGAAAUAAACCAAAUAUUGCAUGCCAGUGCGCAUCAAGUAAUUAUUAGUUAAGUGCGUAUGCGCGACACUCGAUCCCUCGUGGAAUCGGAAAUUGAAAUUGAAAUAUAAUCAAUUUUAAUUUUUGAUCCCAGAAUCGACUCUGAUGUCGACGCCCUUCAAUUCUAGUCGACGUGAGAAGCGCUUUUGCAAAAGAGUAAGAAAGGUUAUAAUUAUUUAUUUCUAACUGCAAUGUCGGCAAAGUAGGAAUUUAUAAUUAGAACUCGACUCACUCAUUUGCCCGCUUUCAAGUUUCAACCAGACUGGGUAAAAUGUAUAAAUUUAUCUAGAUAGUGGCAACUCGAUGAAUGAGAAUUUGAAUUUGCUUUCUUGAUUUCUUUGUUUGUCAGUUGGAAAUUUUCAAUUCUCAAUUUGAAUUCGAAAUAAUUCGAAAUGAAGAAAGCAAUUUCGAAAUACUCCUCGCGAAUCUGUUGAAAGAUAUCAGAACGCUGAAAAUAUAACUUGUUUUAAACUCGGAUAGAAGAGAAAAGUGAGAAUGUGACCGAGUGAAUGAAAUCGAGUGACUGUUUGAAGCGAGAGUACAUUUCUAAGUCUACGGUUUACUGCGUUAUUACUUAUAAAUAUAAUUAACAUUAAAUUUAAAUUAAAUUAAGAAGCUAAGUAAUGUUUCUGUGUAUACUUGGCGAAAUAAUCCAGUGAAUUUAGGGAAAGACAGUUAAGGCGAAUUUGAGGAAUAACCAUGCUAAAGUGUGAUUUUGUACGUACUAUUAAAACAAAAGAGUCGUAAGUCCUGCGCUCCUCUAGAGAUGGCACAUUUUCUACUGCGAAUAUAUUCGCAUGCCCUCGGACCCAAUUUUUGCACUCGGCACUAACCCCUUCGCGUAAAUACGUCGCCUUUAGUUCUUAAUUUUUAAAUUUUAAUACAAAUACAAAUGAUUCAUCUAGUCGAAUCCCUAGCACAAGUUUGUUUGACUUACGUCCCUUUUGUGAUCUGUGAGGUGUGACUUUUUAUAGUCACGUUUGUACGUCGAUUUCCUUGCUUUCGAUAUCGGUGUCACCGUCGUGAAUCUUAUUUGUAGUUUUUAAAAUUUCCAAUUGCGAGUUCUCUCGAAAAUCAGACUUGCAAAUUAUUUUAUUGGGCAUAGUAAUGAAAGGAUCGAAUCAUUUGAGCCGAGGGGAAAAAGUCGUAUUUGACGUCCCAAAAAAGUUGAAAAUAAAAAAAAAAAAACCUUCUGUUCUCUUUUUUCAUUUGAAAGUUCCUAAAAAAAUUCUUAUUUGUUCAAAAAUUACGGAAAUUGGUGGGUAGGUACAGUCUUUGCUUGUGCAAAGUAAUAAAAAAAUAGAAAUUCAGAAAAAAAAUGAUUUGCCUACUUUAUAUGCAUAUUUAUUUAUUUAUAUACAUAUACACACACACACAUAUUUUUUUUAAUGUGUAAGAAGCGUGGUUUUUAAACACUUUUUGGGAAAAGGUGAAAAAGGUGAACCUGAAAUUUCUGCAGCUUAAAUUGAAGAAACAUGUUAUUUUUUUGCUUUCAUUGAAAACAAUUUUUUUCGAACUUUUCCAAAGCACAAAAAAUUACAAAUUUUUGAAACGAAAAAAAAUGUUUUUACACAGAAGCAAAAUGAAAACAUAUUUCUGUGGUUUGAGCUGAAGAAACAUCAGGUUAGACAUGGUUAUUAGAGUCAAUCAAUUGGGGAAACCGAAAAUAACAGUGAAAAAACUGGAAAAACUUAUUCAAUCACUUUCAAUUUCACUUGAUAUAUGAAUUAAUAAUAUGAAAUUGAACGACUUCAAAUCUUUGAAAUCGAGAGUUUGUUUCUAAAAAUAGCCAAACUUCAAAGAUUUUGAAUUACAAAGCAUUGAAAUAUUUCGAAAAGUCAGAGUUUCAAAUUGAUCAGUUGAAUUAGGAAGCCCUUGAACUUGAGAGAAAUUCAAUUUUUCAAUUUCCAAGUGCUCGAAUUGUAGAGCAUUGAACUUUAAAAUAUAAAUUUGUAAGUUUAAAAAUUUUAACAUGGAAGAUUUUUGAGUCAAAAAUUUUAUCCUUUAAUAGGAACGUUCAGAAUUUGAAAAUGUGCAAUUUUGGUCCAUACUUUUUUUUAUAAUAAAAUAUACAAAAUUGUUUGUUUUCAUAUUUAAGUUUCUCGUAAUUGAAUACUUUUGAAUUUAAUCUUUCAAACUUAUACGAUUCUAUUGCAAAUUUAAAGAAACAAUUUCAGAUGGUAAACGUUAAAAUGAGAAAAUUUUUGAUUGGAAAAUUCAAUAUCUCUAAGUUCAAGUCGAAAUUUAAGUUACCAAUACUGAACGUUUGUGUUUGAAAUAGUUAGAAUUUCAAAAUUCAGAUAACGGGAAAAUUGUCGUCCUUGACAAGUUAUGGGCCCAGCCUCCAAGAAGUAAUUUUCAAGUCCUGAGAGCGACGUAUUUAAGUCUGUUAAUUGUACUAAUUUUAUUGUAUUACUACCGUUAGUAUUAUAUUACCAAGGAUUUUCGAAAAACGAUUCAUUCCUUUUUCCGAGUGACCCUUUCUUGCAAUUUUUGAAGAGCCUUUGAAAACAGGAUUUUGAGGAUAGAAAUGAAUCGUUUUUAUCUAGGAUCCGAUAUUCUUAUUCCGGUUGCCAUAUUGUUGUAAAAUUAUAACUUAAUGCAAAGAAUCACUCGUAGAAUUAUCACUAAAGGGUGAAAAAGUUAAGGUAUAAGUAAAAAAAUCGCUACACCUAAGUCGUACCUAAGUACCUAUAUCGUGUCUCUAGUCACAUAGUCGAGGAAAAAAAAGGGAGCGUUACGCAUUUAUGAAACGCACGUUUUUACAAUUACCAUUGCAAUUACAAUUACAUCUACAACCCUACCGUUGCAGGGACCGUUCGCGCUUAUCUUUUAAGUUAAACGUGGUGGCAACGAGACAACGCUGCUUAAAUGCAUUUUCGAUAAAAAAAAUGAACAACGCAUCUACGCCAGAAUCGAGAUCCAUUAGUUUGUAUUCACGAUUACCGAGAUGACUUUUCACAUCCAUUUCUACGAGUGACUGUUUCGAGUGAUUCCAAAUUCAAACUUCUCCUGAAUUUUACACUCCCAAAUUUUAAACGGCAUAUUUUUUUGAAAGGUUUUUAAUCCAGGGUGUUCCAAAUUUGAAUACUUUAAAAAUUAAGAACCCUUAAAAUCAAGGACUUUCAAUUGUGAAUCUUUUUUCUUCAAACACCUUGAACUUGUUGAUCUUACAAAUUAAGAAUUUUUAAAUUUGGAGCCUGAGAACUGAAGGCUCGUAAAAUUCGGAGAUUUCCAUCUAUUUUAAAAUGCGUGUCUUUGAAACUAUGUUUCAAAAUAUAAGGCGCAUUUUUCAUCGAAGUUUCCAAAAUUUCAAGAUUCAAUUGAAUAUUUCAAGUCUUGAAUUCGAAACAUCUCCAGAUUUUUUUAAUUACUUGAGGCUUCAAAAUUGAAAUUCUUUAAAUCUGAUAAAGUCUUUGGUGAUCAGAUUUUUUUCUUAAUUUUUAAAUAAAUUUAAGACAAGUUUGGAUUUUUGCCGAGGAAUAUUGAAGUCCAAAGAAUCUUCGUGACGAAUCUUCGACUUGUUAUAGUCGAGCUGACUUUUACAAUUUAGGAAAAUCGUUUAUCGGAGGGCAGCCUCGCUUCCUCGAGCGUGCUAGCGAAAAUAGAAGAAAAAGCGAUAAGACCUGCUGGUGGGCAGCUUUUAAAAAUGCGCUUAAAAAUAGAAAUAACGAGUCGGUGUUGUUUUUUGGAGGAAAAAAAAUCACGGUGGCUCAAGAAAUGGUUUAAAUCUCGAUUUUCAUCGAAAACUUUAAAGUCUUAAGUGUGUUAUAUUAUUCCAUUUCGAGAUACCGCCUCCAAAGAUAAUAAACAACAAUAAAAAAGGGAAAGAUAUGAAAAAUAAUUGAAGUGAAGUGAAGAAUAUAAAGGAAAUAAGAAAGGCGACCAAAGUGUUUGUGAAGAAGGAAAGAAGUCCUACCGAACAAUAUUUGCUACACACUGCAUUAUAAUGUACUUUCUAUCAUUAUGUCAAAAUUCACGAACAAGUAAACAUGAGAAAAUUAAUUAUAGCGUUAUAUCGUAAUAUAUAAUGAUUAAUGGUAAUGUAAUAAUUAUAAUAUUGAUAACGGUAAAGAAAAAAAUAAAUAAAAACGUUCAAUUGAUGACUAAUAAUCAAGAGCGCACGUAUUUCAUUUUUGUGAAAGAGUGUUGUAUAAGAUUUCAGGAGAGAUGAGAACGCGAGUGGGACAUAAAAAGUACUACCACCAAGAGAAAUCUCAUUAUAUAAAAUUAUUAUGUAAUAAUUGUCCAUACAUCUUAAAAUGUCGAAAUAAACCUAACACUAAAACGA